UUUUAGGUCCGACUUUGAGUUUUUGUAAUAUUUAAGUCUGCCUUGGAGAUGUCUGGGCGAAUUACGUCGGGAAACAUAAAGAAUUUACGGCUUUAUCUACAUAAUAGUGAUUAUGACUCUUUUCUUGAAUUAUGCUCUCAACUACGUAAGGAAUACCCGGACCGUUUAGAAAUUUACAAACUAGAGGUUUCCUGCUUAAUUGGCUUAGGAAAAUUUCAAGAAGCUUUAAGUGUUAUUCAAACUUCCAAAGCUGAAUCUUCUUUCGAAUUUCAUAGUGCUUACUGUUUAUAUCGUUUGUUGCGUACGGACGAGGCACUGGCGCUAAUAAGUGAAGAUCCGCUUGAGAAUAACUUUUUGCUACUUAAAGCUCAACUGUAUUACAGAAAAGGAGAUUAUUUAAAAGCUUUAAGAACAUAUGAAAUUCUCGAUCUUAAACUGAAUAGCGGGGUUAAUUUUACCGCAUCCAUUGCUUUAAGUGAGUCCCCUUGGUCUUACUGUCUUUCGACUGAAAAAAAGUUUAUGGAGCUGAACUUCUCUUCCAGUUGCUAUGAACAGUGCUUCAAUCUUGCUUGUUUGUUUAUGUGGAGGAAAAAAUUACCAGAGGCCUUAAACUAUCUUCAAAAGUCUUAUCAGCUAUGCUCAGCUUUACCCCUAAGUGACGGGUUUUCGAGAAAAGAUCAGGAUUAUGAGUUAUUGUCUAUAACCCUGCAGAUCGCUAUAGUUCACCAUCUAGCCCAUACCGACUCCCCCGCGGACGUUUAUCGAAGAAUUCUUGACUCUAAUGUGGCGGGUGAUGAUGUUUUAAUUCUUGUUGCCGAGGCUAACCUGCGUGUUUUGGAGCGCACAAGACCUCUCUCUCUUUCUGAGUCCAUUCGCUUGGGGGCUAGUAGUAAUUUGUCAGUUUUUCAGUCAGCAAUCUUAAAAAUUAAUUUUGCAAGGCAGCUCUAUUAUGAUCAGCGUUUCUUAGAUUGCCGACAGGAAUGCCAGGAACUUUGUAAAGAGUUUACUGCCUGGGUUGAUCCGAUUUUGCUUAAAGUUUCUGCAUUGCUUGCUAGUCAUGAGGAAACCGCCGCCUUAACCUUUCUCGAGGCCUCCGUUGGUCGACUCUCCAGCGUUGAGUGUCUUCUGGCCUUAUGUCAGAUUCACGCGAAAACCGGAAGUUUCCAAAGGGCUAUAGAGCUCUUAGAAUUUCCGCCUUUUGUUUUACCCUCUGAAGCGGGGCCGGGUAUUUCUGCUGCUCUUGUUUCGUUGUAUAGAAGCGCUAAAAAGUGGGAUGCUGCGGUGGAAGUACUCACGCGCCUCAACGCUUCAACUUCUGAAGCACACCGCUUGGAGGAUGUGCGUUUGGUUCUUGGUCAUGUAUACUAUUCCAAAGAGGAGUAUGAAAGCGCCUACUCUUGCUAUGAAGAGGUCUUCCUUGUAAACCGCAGCAACACCAAGGCUCUCGCCUCAUUGAUCCUAACUUGCCAAAAGUUUGAUGAUGAACGGGCGGAACUGUUGGCGGAGCAGUUACCCGACAAACCUAUUGACUCGCAAGCCAUUGAAAAGCUUCUUUUAGAUAUGACGAGUUGUUUGCAGAGGAAAAAAAGAAACAACGCUCGAUCUAAACGCAAACGGUCCAAACCAAACAGAGCAUCUCCUAUUCAAAACCAGGAAAUGUGGAUGCCUAAACGACGUAGACCUUCCAGUUCUAAAUCUAGAGUGGGUUCCAAGGACAAAAGCAAGCCAAAUCAUGUAGUUUCCAAGGUUAACAGACGACGCUCGAGAAAAUAAACUUUUUAUUGCAUAAGAA